UCGAAAGGAAAUCCUUCUCCCAAGAAAUUAAAGCGUUGGCAUAAAUAUGUCAAUACUCCAAACCUUCAUUCUGUUCUCCUUCCUCCUUUCCGCCUCCCACGCGGCGGUCCAGGACUUCUGCGUUGCAGACCUCUCGGCCCCCGAGGGCCCCGCGGGCUACUCCUGCAAGAAGGUCUCAGCAGUCACCGUGAAUGACUUUGUCUUCUCAGGCCUCGGCGUGGCUGGGAACACCUCUGGCCUCAUCAAGGCUGCGGUGACCACGGCAUUUGCAAACCAGUUCCCUGGCCUGAAUGGGCUCGGCAUCUCUUUGGCCCGCCUGGACCUAGCCCCUGGUGGGGUCAUUCCAUUGCACACGCACCCGGGUGGCUCGGAGGUCCUUUUUGUCAUCCAAGGGUCGAUUUCUGCCGGGUUCAUCUCAUCAUCAGCGAACACCGUCUACUUGAAGACCCUUAACAAAGGGGAUAGCAUGAUUUUCCCUCAGGGGCUAUUGCACUUCCAAUUGAAUGCUGGUAAAGGUCCAGCACUUGCCAUAGUCAGCUUCAGCAGUCCAAGCCCUGGGCUUCAAAUCUUGGACUUUGCUCUGUUCGCUAAUAAUUUUCCUUCUGAGUUGGUGGAGGCCACCACUUUCCUUGAUGAUGCUCAGGUCAAGAAGCUCAAGGGCGUUCUUGGUGGCACUGGCUAAGUGGCUAAUUUCAUUUUCGUCGAGAAUCCAUCCAUUAAGAAUCACCACCUUUUCAAGCCUCUUCAAAAAAAUGAAAAGAAAUAAUAAUUCGGCUUAUAUGCUCGUCGUCGAUGGCUUUCCAUGGAUUUUUCUUGUUAGGUUGUAUUUGGUUUGCUAGUGUGUUGAAGUGAGUCGUUGGAGUGGAGAUUUGAUUUUUAGUGCUUCCUGACUUGUUGUUCUGUUCGGACUAUGGAGCAAAACACCUCCCUUUCUUAUUGAAUUUUGAGUAGAUGAAGAAAAGUAUGUUGCUUUGUCAA